CAAAGAAUAUUAAUAAUGUAAAACCUUCGUAAAUUAUGAGGCGCUCCCUGAGGCGUAAUUAUUUGUUUAUUAGCCUCGUUCCCUCAGUCACCUGCUGGUAACGUGGCAUUUAUCUCCUUCUUCCACCUGCCCCAUGCACCUGCCUCCUCUCCUCGAGGACCCACGCGGGACCUGCCACCGGUGCUUCGCCAGUAGGUUGAAGUAUACACCGUUUUUUUUUUUUUUCUUCCAUUGAGGGUUUGCCUUACCUCUUACUUUACAGACUGCUUCAGUCUAUUGUUGUGUUUCAGAGUUCGAUAUAUUCCACAAUGGAGAUUGCAAGUAAAUUGUUGUGUCGUUGUGUGGUGCAUUAGGGUGUUAGAGUGUGUUGGUGGUGUGGCAGAUGUUGGUGAGGCCUAAGUCAUUUGUGGCCAGACUAGAUGAACAUGGCACUCUCACUAGUGUCAGAGUGCGGGAGUCUGCUAUUCCAGGUGGUGGUGAGGGGCUGUAGCUCUGCUAUCCAUACUAGAUAGGUUCAGCAGGCGAGAGAAGGCUGCCGGGGCGGGGUGCGCGGCGCGGGGCCUCGUGUCCUGUCGUGUGUCAGCCUGUUGCUGCAGUCGCAGGCAGACCCCGCAAGGGUCUGGGAUCCCCGCCGCUCAGCCUCCCGCGUCUCUGCCUUCGCCUCUUCUUCACCGGGAGUUUGACUCAGACUCUCAGGGUUCCCCAGGCGCCCAAAGUCACUUAUAAAAUCGUAUAGAAGCAGCAAGAAACCAGUAAAAAAAAUCUGUUUGUGAAGUUUCGGCGAGUGUGACAGGACGGACGAUGGUGGGCGAGUGCAGGGCGCUGGGCGUAGUGGUGGUGGUGACCGUCCUGGCUCACCUGGCCGACAGCGAUCCAGGCUUGGAGUCAUCAGGGGGCAACAUGAGCGAGCUUGAUCCUGAGCCUUCCAUCGAUCCCUCCACCCCUCGCCGCGUCCGGGCCUUCGCGGGCACGACGGUCUUCAUGCCCUGUAUUGUCAACAACCUGGGCCAGCGCUCGGUGUCUUGGGUGCGUCACCAUGACAUCCACGUGCUGACGGUUGGGCGCUUCACCUUCACCAGUGACGGCAGGUUUGAGGCUCACCACGACGACGGCAGCAACGAGUGGCUCCUGAGGCUGAGAUCACCAGCGAUAAGUGACUCUGGAAUCUACGAGUGCCAGAUCAAUACUAAACCUACGAUCACCCACUUGACGACGCUGCAUGUGCUCGAGCCUCACGCAGUGGUCACGGCGGGGCGGGAGCUGUUCCUGGACACGGGCUCCACGCUGCGCCUCACCUGUAGGGUGCGCGACGCCCCUGCACCUGCCGAGCACCUCCUUUGGUACCACGAGAAGAAGGAAACCAGGAAGGGGACGGAAGAGGUGGAGGUGAGCGUGUGGGAGGAGAAGCACUCCACGAUCAGCAGCCUCACCCUGCGGGACGCCCAGGUGGACGACUCGGGCCUCUACACGUGCAGCCCCUCCAACGCCAAGCCCGCCUCCAUCAUGGUGCACGUGCUGAGCGGUGAACAGUCGGCGGCCAUGCAGACAAGCGCGGCGUCACGGUGUGUGCUGUGCAGGGCGUCACGCACACCAACCCAUGUCUACCCCACGCCCCUUCCAUGCCUCUUACUACUGCUCGCUUCCUUCCUGCUGGGUGGCCGCCUACCGAUGUUUGUCCUCUUUCUGCUCCCCGUCGUUACCCUCGGGGUCUUCAUGCAGCUGGCGUCCUGAGGGGCAGCGCGGGGAGCGGAGGUUCCCGUUGUGGCACCUCUUCCCCUCUAAGCGGCGCCAAUCACCUCGUUGCUACGGCGCCAUGAAAUCAAUCACUCAAUCAACUUCACCGCUCAUCGGCUGAAGCAGGAGCAUGUGUGUUAGGAAGGAACUAUAACAUUCGUAGCGAUGUUUAGGGUACAUGGCGCAGCGAUCGGUGGAACUUUGGCCCGUCAUUUUGCCUUAUCGCUGGGCCUCGCGUGCAUCAGAAGUAAUUCGCAGCCCACCGUGAAUUGAGUGAUGUGUAAUGAGUAUUGAGUGAUUUGAUGUUUCUUGCAUCCUGAAAAGAGGAACAGAGUGCGGAGUGGGCGUCUUGUGCAAGUUGUAGCGGGAUAAAGGUUGGCAGGGCGAGGUGCGGCGGUUUGCGGUGCCCUCAUCUUUAAAGCAACAUUGAAAAUCAUAUGCAGAACACUACUUACAAAUUAAGUCUCGCAAAACUCUUUUUUUUUUUUUUCACGCCAUUUAUAACAUUCUGAGGCGCAGUGAUGUGGUCUCUUAGAGUUACAGCAAGACGAGGGAAGGAGCUGCGUGCCUCCCUGCGGUGACUACGACUUGCAGGGCGACGUGUCAAGCAGCAGUGGCGGAGGGGCGUCCACUAACGGUGGUGUGGUGGCGGAGGGCGGAUGGCAGAUGGAGGUAGCUAAGGUGGAAGGAAAGGUUGGCAGCUUUGCAAGGCUGGUGGGGAAAAAUCAUAAAAAAAAAAGUAAGGACAGCUUUAGUGCGGCUGAUGAAAAUUAUGGCAGGCUGAAGUUGGUAAACCGCUAUUUUUUUCGUAAACAGAGAGUGGCCUUCAGAGAGUGAUGUUCCCGCUUUGGUAAUGGAUACUGUGUAUUAUGAUAAGACACUUAAGGGAACUUUGUGUAGAGACUUAGCAGUGUUGUGUGUAUCCCAGACACCUGUGUACUCCUGGGCGUCGCCUGUGUGCUGCGUAGCACGGCAUGCAGCAGAUGCUGUGUCACUACUGCAGUGGGAGACCAUCCACACCUCUGGUGAGACAGUUGUACAUGUACUGUAUGCAAAACGAGUCCCCGCGAUGCUGCACCUAUGACGGGAUGGCAGAAGAGACCUUGCAGUAGUGCGUGCUCGUAUAGUCACACUGAGGAAAGUGAACCCACGUCAGGGUUCCUCUUCCGUGAUUUCCGAGAUCGUUGUUUACACACUCUGAAUGGUUUUUGUGUUCAUUUGUGGUGGUGAAGUUGUUCACUCACUUUAUACUACUUGGUAAUUUUGUAUCUGCAUGUGUUUGUGAUACACGCCAAUGUGUGGGUGGAGCGUGCUGCUGACGACCGCGAUGAAGAACGAGUGGACGAAAGCGUGUCCUACCCAAGUGUUGAGCUCCUGUCAGCUAAUCAAACAUGAAACAGUGCCUCUCUUGAGCUCUCAAGUUUUUAUAACCUCUCCAAUUCAUAUGUUCCACAUUGAGUGGACCUAUCUCAUAUUCCUUGAGUCCUUUUGCAAUCCUUCAUUUUCCUUGCAGGGAUUAAACUGAUCUUCUACGAGGCCGCAGAUCUCCAUUGCUUGUGUUGAUCUGUCAAAACUCUCGUUUCUCAGUAUUCUUUGUUGAUCUUCAAGCUAACUCUUCAGAUUUAAAGUUUCUCGGGACAGGAGGCGUGUGAAGGUUGUUGAAAUAACUGACAAAUAAUCAUUAUAAGUGGACCAACACCCAUGACGGGAUAAACACACAUUGUACUCCCGCCCAUCGACAGUCACGCGUAGACCAUGAAAAACAACACAAACCCACGAGUAUUAGGUAAGCUCUGCAAACUUUUCAUAGAAGUCCGUAAACAAGCUCCCUCAUUUCAUCGUCGUCAUAUUAUGACAUUUUUAUUGCGGUGACAAAACAUCAGUUGGUCAGUGAAUCACUGAAUCUCUCGUCUCCUUAUCGACCCACGUUACUAGCUCAGUUGCUGAACGUGCAAGUCCUAUUCCUGCACUACAUUCCUGUGUGUGUGUGUGUGUGUGUGUGUGUGUGUGUGUGUGUGUGUGUGUGUGUGUGUGUGUGUGUGUGUGUGCUGAGCACAUUACAGGGAAGAGAAUGUAGAGGAUUGUCUAGUCGCUGGGCGGGGAUAUGACGCCGUAUUCAUCGUAAAAUAUAUUCACAUAUACGUAGAAGAGAGGUGAGAGUGAGACCACCAUGUGUCUUCUCUUAAACGAAUUACGCUAGUUCCUACUUUGGUGCGGUCUCUUAAUUGACGGGUGAGAUGGAAAGGCACGACCUACAGUGAUCCAUUCUCUUCAUUUAUCAAUUCGUUACUGUGCCUGACCCAUAUCAAUUUUUAUAAAUUAAUUUGUAAAGAUUUCAGUCAGUAUCAUUGCCGGGGUGGUGUGUGUUGUGAAGUUACCCAUGCUGUGAGCCUCUCGAGGGCUGUAAUUAUAACUUUUAAACAGUUGUUUUUACUGUACUUCUCCCGCAGAGAGAGAGAGAGAGAGAGAGAGAGAGAGAGAGAGAGAGAGAGAGAGAGAGAGAGAGAGAGAGAACCGUCAAGGAUUAUUGAAAGAAUAGCAAAACAAAUCAUGAAAAAAGCUAGCUUUUUUCAUAUGUAUAAAAAUGAGGACAGAAAUAACGAACAGAAUUGCAAAUGUUGUUUAGGCGCACUUUUAGCUAAUAUGAGUAAGAUGGCGCAUGCGUAAUCAGUACUACUUAGCAAGUUCCAUAGGCACAAAGAGAAAGUGCCAGGCAGGACCAUUAGGGAGUGAUUGGAGUGUUCGUCUGUUCAUAUUUGCAUAAAUUUUCUUGACUGUCUAGGUAAGUGAUGUAUCUUACUUCUAGAAAAUAUACUGUAAAAUUAUGGUUUAAA